GCCUGGUUUGGAUUGGUGCUGGGAUUAGUCGGGAAGGAUGAUGGAAGCCCUCUUCAUGCGGCUCGACAAGAUCCCAGCCCCUCGACGCGAACUCGUCACCUUUUAUAGGUGCCUUCCCUGAUGUCCUUAUGGUUGGAGCAUUGAAUGAUCAAAGAAAGCAUAGAAUGCCCCCUUUGCCAGGUGCAGAACUUGUGCAGACACCUGUCCAGUUAUAUCGGUAUCUCCUUCGAUGCUGCAAGCAACUUCCUGCAAAAAACAUACAGCAACAUUACAAACAUGCAGUACGGCAGAAUUUUAAGGUUCAUGCAGAUGAAGAUGAUCCAGAAAGAAUCAAACAGAUUAUCAAAAGAGCAAUUGAAGAUGCUGACUGGAUCUUGUCUAAAUAUAAAAAAAAAUGAAGCUGAAGAAAUUAGAAAAAGAUCCAGAGUCCAAGCAAACAAAAUAACAAAAGAUACAAGAUUUUUGUUAUAAAGAUGCAGGGUCACUCGUAAGUCGUGACUAAAUAGACAGCCAUUUACUUAACACUGAAUACUAAAGAUUAAUAGGAACACGGUCAUUGUAGAUAUAUUAAGAAGGUUUACACAGGGAGCAAACUUAAAUUAUAGAAAUAGACAAAGAUACUUUCAGUUCAGGGUUGUAAUCUAUUUCUGAAGGUGGAUAAUACCAUGUUUUAUAAAUUUUAAUUGACAUUAGAGACUUUGAACUUUCAGCUGUUUCUAAGACGUUUUGUCAUGGAUCACUUAACAAGCUAUCGUGCCAGAGUUUUGAGAACUGUCACUCUAUAAUGCAAUUCACAUUCAGAUCUUGCUGCCUUCAAGCACAGAUUAAGCAACUGACUUUUUUUAAAAGUAUUCUUGAUGGUCCAAUUAUAACUGGACCAUGUGUAUAUUCUCCUGAAUGUUCCAUAAAUGUAAACGUUUGUUUUAUAUUAAGUAUUGUUUUGCAGCCAUCUUUGGAGUUGGUCAGAGCAUAGGUAUGUCAUGUCAUGUGUGUGUUAGUUCUGUUCCAUUGAUUUUUUUUUCCCAGAGUGUGGUGAGAGGCCUGCAUUUAUGUAUCAUUUCAAACCUAAUUAUAAUCGCACUUAUAAAAGUUAUUUAUUUUAUCUUUUUUAAAAGUUUCCUGACUUAGGGAAAAUAUUAUCAAGGUUCCUGAGACCUCACAUUUUCAAGAAACCUUGUCUGGUAAUCUCCACUUGGAAGUAAUGCAGUCGAUCCCAUAAUUCCUAAUAUGACUUCCUUUAGAAGUAAAGCAAAACUGCAAAAUGACCAGUCUGUAUGAACAUGACGAUGGGGAUCUAUUUAUUGAGUUUUCAGUUUAGGUUACAAUAGACUUUUUUUCUCAUGCAUGAAUUCCGAUAACAUUGUAGAUUGCAAAACAGGAUAACAAAAUUGUAAAUCAAUUUAAGUCUUUUGUUACUAAUUCCUGUAAAUCCCUUAAAUGAAUGGCUGUGAUGAAUUUUGAUGUGUGACUGAAUACAGCACUAGCAGAACUGCUCCACUGAUAAAAAUGUAAUGGGAUCAUUUACAUUAGGACUGGAUCACCGUUAAAUUAUUUGUCCAAAUGACAACAUUCCAGAUAACAACCAACCAACCAAUCAACCAUUCAGUAGUGCAAUAAAAUGUCAUGCAAGAUUGUGAAUUUUUGAUUUCUGGAUUCUCUGUGGUAGAUUUUCCACAGCAUGGUUGAAUUGUAAAUGGGCCAAGCUCAUCAGUUGCCCAUGCUGAGUACUAUCAGUCUGGUUGAAAACGCAGAGUCAAAAAGUGUGCUGCUGGCAAAGCACCGCCGGUCAGGCAGCAUCAGAGGAGCAGGAGGGUCGAUGUUUCAAGCAUUAGUUCUUCCUCAGUAUGAUGCUGCCUGUGCUUUUUUCCCGGCACCACACUUUAUGACAUAUCCCCAGCAUCUGCAGUCCUCUUUUUCUCCCUGGUUGAAAAUGUAUUAUAGGGAGUCGCAGUGCCCUUGUUUAAAGGAGAAGCAAUUCAGAGCACUUCUACCCCUUGUUGGGAUAAUGGGGGGAAAAGCUAAUGUUUGUGCCAUUUUGUAUGAAGCCAUUAUCAAGGAGAAGAGGGACAUUAUAGAAAUGGUGUUGUGAGAAAGGUUGUGUUUAUUAACUGGAAUCUAACACUUCUCGUCAGAAUACAUGUCAGAUGUUAAUAUUUCAGUCUUGUUUAUUUUAGCUGGUUUGAUAAUAUUCUCAGCACUGAAACUUAAAGAUUUGAGUUCAAGGACUGCUCCAAUCAAUGGGUACAAUCUUGAAUGACGAGUUGUUACUUGGACAAAUUAUUUAACUGUGAUCCAGUCCUCGUGUAUGUAAAUGGUCCCAUGCACUUUUAUCAGUGGAGCAGUUCUGCCAGUACACACAACAAAACUUCAACGUGGUCGUUUUUUUUUCAAUAAAUACUCAAGGUCUCACAUCAUCUGUGGAGAAAGAGAAAAAGUUUUGUUUUAAGUCUAUGGCCUUUUCAUCAGAACUGAUUUGUGUACAGCAAGGUCUUUAAGCACCAACUUAAUUGCUGAAUGGCGAUUGAUCUUGGCUGAAUAGCAGUAAAAUGAUUUUGGUUCUGGAGCACUAGCUGGAAACUGUAUAAUAAAUCUUAUUGAAGGUUCCAAAGUAAAUAUUGAAAUAUACUAGAUCGGCUUGUACCACACGUCAUGAGACUUAUUGUUCAAUCUAU